AUGGACUUUGAUGAGACUUCAACGAAGCUCAUCCCGCAAGAGUUCCUUGCCGUCGUACUUGCGGGAUUUGGCAACGAGCUACUCCCACUUACCGGCAAUUAUGGCGACGAGCCCAGCCCAAAAGCCCUGCUGCCGAUUGCAAACAAGCCUAUGCUAGAGUAUCCUCUCGUAUGGAUUGAACAGUCUGUCAUUAGAGAUGUCCUGCUUAUCUGCCCGACCGCACAUCGGUCUGCACUGUCGAACUAUGUGCAGUCUGAUGCCUCAUCGGCAUUUCCAUCUCUGCGCAUAGACCUCCAGACGUAUGAUGAGACGCAGGAAUCCAGCGUCGGGACAUGCACGAUCCUCCGACAUUUCUCUCAUCGCAUUCAACAAGACUUCGUCUUGCUCCCAUGCGACUUCGUGUCUCCGCCUUCCUUCUCGCUCUCCAAGAUUUUGAACAAGUUCAGAACGGAGUCGACCUAUGACGGAGCGAUUGCUACGGCGUGCUUCUUCGAGAGCCGCAAAUCCGAGAAGGGCAGCACCACCGAAGAGUGGGGUGUCCUACCGUCCGCUGUCCCAGUCGUGAGGGACGAUCGGUCUGGCACACUCUUGUAUGUCGACAGUCCAGACGAUCUCGAUACCAAUGGCGAAGAGCUGGAAUUGCGGAUGAGCCUGUUGUCUCGGUAUCCUCGGGCGCGGUUGUCUGCCAACCUAGAAGACUCGCACGUAUACGUCUGCCGACGGCAGGUGCUUGAUGCGUUGAAUGAGAAGCCUCAAUUCGAUUCGAUACGAGAAGAAUUCAUACCAUGGCUUUGCAAACCUCAAUAUCAGCGUGUCAAGCGGGUAAAAUACGGGCACAUCCUCAGUCCCAACGCGAACGCACUGACUCAAGCGCUUGCGCUCAAACAUUCGACGCUAUACACGCAAAAGCACGGGAGCCAUCUGCAAAGCGAGGAUUUCUUGCGCAGUCCCGCAUCAGAUGGUCAGACCGAAGAGCAUUCUCGAUCAAUACUCCAGGCAGAGGGCGAAGAUGAGGACGAGAACCUUGCAAGUCUCCGAAUCGGACUAGUUGUUCAACGAGCGGACGCAGGCUAUGCCGCUCGUGCCAACAAUCUCCAGACAUAUCUGGAGCUGAACCGGCAUUUCCUCUCGCAGACGACCUAUGCAUUACCUACCGACCAGGAGAGCCGAUCACUCAUUGACCACAAAGCCCAGAUUUCGUCAGAUUCGAUGAUCGGGCAUUCUACACGCGUUGAAGAACGCACAAAUAUCAAGAAGUCUAUGAUUGGCCAGCACUGUAUCAUUGGCAAGAUGGUGAAGAUUGUGGGUUGUGUCAUUCAAGACCAUUGUGUGAUUGCAGAUGGAGCAAAGCUUGAUGGCUGCAUUCUGGGAAAGGGCACGAAAGUCGGUGAGAAGGCAGAACUGUCAAGAUGCGUCACCCAGUGUGGUUACGAAGUCAGCGCGGGCGAUUCCAUUCGGAACGAGAAACUCGAUAUCACCGACUGGACAGCGCCGCUCUCAGAUGAGGAAGAGAGCGACGACGGAAAUGGCGAUACUCAAUCCGAUGACAGCGAUUGAACUGCAUGCAUACGAGUACACCGCAUUUACACAUUGUAGACGCAUCCGUAUCCCUUGUCGAGGAAUGGCAAUCACAGAUGGACAUCGCAGCAACAAGACACUGCUGUGGUAAAUCAUUCAUACACAUCGUAGACGAAACAGUAUAAAACAGCAAAAUCGUGAUAAAGCGUAGGUAGACAUCGUUAUAUCAACAUUCAUCGGGUCCUUUGGGUGCCGCCUGCCAUCUGGUUUCCGAGACCUUGCGCGAAGCGUCCGCCGCGGCCUCCGCGUGCACCACCUAAAAACACAUAUCAACGCCGUUGCGUAAAAUCGAGUAAGAGCAGCAAGACUUACCGCGCACACCGCCCCGGUUCCUCUCGCCCCCUCGCCUCCGCUCCUGCG